AUUAUAAUACGACCAGAAAGAAACUACAAGGAGAAAGAGACUAGAGAGAGAAAGAAAUCACAGGGGGGGAGAGAGAGAGAGAGAGAGGAUACGACUCAGAGAAGGCAAAUUUGGGGAUUUGGUAACGUCGAUUCAGCUGCUCGGUAGGCCGAAAAGAACCAAACCAACAAGGACAGCAGCAGCAACACCAUACCCAGAAGAGCGAAGAGAGGUGCAGAAAGCAAAAAAAGAAAGGCGGUUUUGGGGACCCCUAACAAAGACAGAGACAAAAGCAAACCCGGUUUUGUAACCGAAGCAGAGAGGAGCCUCGCAGUCGUUACAGAGCAGCUGCAGCAGCAACAAUAACAACAACCGAUCAUUAUGAUUGCUUGCAUAACCGUUGUUGUGUCUGCUGCUUAGAGCCUUUUGCUCUCUUUAUGGGCAUUCUUGCUCGUAAAUGGGGUAGCCUAUUUCUGCUAUAGCGUGUGAAGCGACACACACCUCGACCUUCAGCUUUCUUUCUUUCCUUUUACUGGGUUUUUUUUUUUUUUCGUUUUCCUUCUACCACGUCGUUUGUUGUCGGUCUUGAAUGGCGCAUCUGGAAGGUGGCCCGAGGAGCUCGUCGAUUUCUCAUGCGGAACCGGGAUUUGGAGGUGAUGAUCUGUACGCCGAGCUGUGGAAGCUAUGUGCAGGACCUUUGGUGGAUGUGCCACGCCCUGGGGAGAGAGUCUUCUACUUCCCUCAGGGUCACAUGGAACAAUUGGAAGCAUCAACGAAUCAGGAGCUGAAUCAGCAAAUCCCUCUGUUUAAUCUUUCUUCUAAGAUCCUUUGUCGUGUUCAUAACGUUCGGUUACUGGCGGAACAAGAAACAGAUGAGGUUUAUGCACAGAUCACUUUGCAGCCGGAACUAGAUCGAAGUGAGCCUACAAGUCCUGAUGGGUUCUCACCGGAGCUUCCGAGGCAAACGGUUCAUUCAUUUUGCAAGAUUUUGACUGCUUCUGACACAAGCACUCAUGGAGGGUUCUCAGUUCUUCGAAAGCAUGCCACUGAAUGCCUGCCUCCGUUGGAUAUGACCCAAGCAACACCAACUCAGGAGUUGGUUGCCAAGGAUCUUCAUGGGUUUGAGUGGAAGUUUAAGCAUAUAUUUAGAGGCCAACCACGGAGGCAUUUGCUUACGACAGGAUGGAGUAACUUUGUCACUUCUAAGAGAUUGGUUGCAGGAGAUGCCUUUGUAUUUUUAAGGGGUGAUAAUGGGGAGUUGCGAGUGGGCGUACGUCGUCUUGCUCGCCAGCAGAUUCCCAUGCCUUCAUCUGUGAUAUCCAGCCAGAGCAUGCAUCUUGGAGUGCUUGCCACUGCCUCUCAUGCAGUUAUGACCCAAACCAUUUUUGUGGUGUAUUACAAGCCAAGGACUAGCCAGUUCAUUAUCAGUGUAAACAAAUUUCUGGAGGCUGUUAAUAAUGCGUUUUCAGUUGGCAUGCGCUUCAAGAUGAGAUUUGAGGGAGAAGACUCUCCGGAAAGAAGAUUCACAGGCACCAUAGUUGGGGUCGGGGAUAUAUCUCCAGAGUGGUCAAAGUCUAAAUGGCGAUCAUUGAAGGUUCAAUGGGAUGAACCAUCAACAAUUCAAAGACCGGAGAGGGUUUCCCCUUGGGAGAUAGAUCCUUUUGUUGCUUCAGCUUCACUGAACCUUACUCAACCAGCAGUAAAGAGCAAGAGGCCCCGACCUGUUGAUAUUCCAACUUCUGAGAUCACCACGGCAUCACCUUUUUGGUAUCAUGGAUCAACACAGUCCCACGAGUUAACCCAAUUGAGUAGUGCUGCUGAAGUCCAAAGCCAUGAAACCUGUGCUGUCUGGGCUACUAGGCCUAAAGACAUCAAUACCAAUGGCUCAAGGGUGAGAGCAGAAGGCAUGUGGCCCUCUUCUCCGCAUAUAAAUGUCUCUCUAGAUCUUUUCUCAGAUUCAGCAGAGGAUGACAAAACUGUAACAGCACAGUCGACACUUUCUGAUUACGUCUCUCCAGUUUCAUCAAGACUAAGGAAUGGUGUGAUACAUGACCAUGUGGAAAAGGGGACAAAAUCUGAGACUUCUCUUGUUUGCCGGUUAUUUGGAAUUGAUUUGUUGACAAAAAACUCUCAGACUACUGCUCCUUCAGACAGGGAACCAGAAAUAAGGAUGCCUAUGGGUAAAGGACCAAGUCCAACUGCAGCAUCUGAAUCUGAUAGGGUGAAUAAUCUGGAUACUUCAAAGUCCCCAAAGGAACAGAAGCAACUCACACCAGAUGCAUCACUGAGGGAGACACACAGCAAGCAGGGCUCCAGUCUUUCCAUGAGAACUCGUACCAAGGUGCAAAUGCAAGGGGUUGCUGUUGGGCGUGCCGUUGACUUGACUGUCUUGAAAGGGUACAAUGAUCUAAUAGAUGAACUGGAGAAAAUGUUCGAGAUAAGAGGGGAGCUUCGUCCACAGAACAAAUGGGCCGUCGUAUUUACCGACGAUGAAAAUGACAUGAUGCUCGUGGGCGAUGAUCCAUGGCUGGAAUUUUGUAAGAUGGUGAGGAAGAUCUACAUAUAUUCAAGUGAGGAAGUGAAGACCAUGAGUUCAAUAUGUAAGCUUACCGGCUCAUCGGUAGAAGGUGAAGGAACUAUUCUUAGCUCGGACUCUGGAGCAUAGAGAUGAAACUUGAUAGUUCAGUCUCCUAUUUUACGUUUUUGGGUUUUGUUUUGUUGUGCUUUGCUUUUUUUUGCUUGAGGUUGGGGUGGAUUGGCGGUGGUUUGGUUUGCGCAGAGUAGACUUUCCACAAAGACGGCCAAAAAAGUCUACUAAAAUGAAUUGGGUUUUCAUGUAAGGGGGUAGUAGACUCAUGUUGAAUUAGAUGAACUUAAAGCAGGGUUGUUUAUGGGUUGGUUGGUCUACUUUAAUCUGCAUGUAAGAGUACAUAUGUGAUUGCAUUUUGAUGUCAGUUUACUCUGGUUUGUUGUGUUGCUGAA